AACAUAUCUCAUAUCUUUUCUGCGGGCUUCAUCAGCGAUGCUGGGCUCUGUGCUUUUCCUAGAUAGCAGCAAUUUCGUCGUCAUUUCGUCAUCUGCCCUUCUGAGACCGCUGUCAGGUGGACGGAGACCGCUGGUACAGGCUUAGUGUGGGAAGAGACCAUAGAUGACUCCAUUAGUCCUCAUUAGAAGAACGCAAGCGUACAUUGACACUGGAUCUCCCUUUCACUCAACUUCAGACUGUUUGGAUCAAGCCUGGCACUACACAAAUUAAGACAAACAUCUGGACAAGCCAUUUCAGGCCACUCAAAAUGGUCCCACUGUGACUGUGUCCAUUUUCAUCCCUCAACACACAGCGUCCUCUAUGCAAAUACAUUGGCUGACUGGUUUGAGGGUGGAGAUCCAAACCACUGAGUCAGGAGCAUUGUGGGAUUAGUUCUGGGUGGGCCCUGGGUGCCAGAUGCAGAACCUCUUUGAGCAGAACUUGGACAUGGCCACGGCUCUGCUCGCUGGGGAGAAGCUGAAGGAGCUGAUUCUGCCUGGCUCCUCUCAGGAUGAGAAAGGUGGCGCUCUCGCUGGUCUCAUGGUACAGCUCAAACUGGAGCUGCCCUUUGACAGAGUUGUCACCAUAGGAACGGUCAUCAUCCCCAUCCUGUUAGUCACUCUGGUCUUCACACGGAACUUUGCAGAGGAAUCAAUAUACUGCUAUACCCCGCACAACUUCACACGUGACCAGGCCCUCUACGCCAGAGGCUACUGCUGGACAGAGCUACGGGAUGCCAUACAUGGUGUUGAACCUGGACUCCGGCCGUCAUUGUUUGAGCACAAGUUUCUGCCAUAUGCCCUGCUGGCAUUUGCAGGUAUCAUGUACAUCCCAGCAUUGGGCUGGGAGUUCCUCGCCUCCACACGCCUUACCUCUGAACUCAACUUCCUCCUCCAAGAGAUAGACAACUGCUACCACCGUGCAGCCGAGGGCAGAGCACCCAAGAUCGAGAAGCAGAUCCAGUCCAAAGGUCCUGGAAUCAGUGAGCGGGAGCGGCGUGAGAUCAUUGAGAAUGCUGAGAAGGAGAAGAGCCCUGAGCAGAACCUCUUUGAGAAAUAUUUAGAGCGACGAGGGCAAAGUAACUUUUUAGCCAAGCUCUAUUUGGCAAGGCAUUUAGCCAUCAUCUGCCUCAGUUCUAUUCCCAUUACCUACCUGAGCACAUACUAUGCCUGGCAGCGGCAGAACGAGUUCACCUGUGCACUGGGCGAGCCACCGGACAUCAGCAGCAUCCCUGAGCUGCGGCUAAAUGUGAACUGCAAGCUGCCAGCUGUGCAGCUCCAGCGCAUCAUGGCUGCGGUGGACAUUGCGCUGCUCUGUACCAUGAACCUCAUCAUCUUACUGAACCUAUUACAUCUGUUUGUGGUGCGAAAGUCCAACUUCGUCUUCGACAAGCUGCACAAAGUUGGCAUUAAGACACGGCGGCGUUGGCAGAAGUCACAGUUUUGUGACAUUAACAUCCUGGCCAUGUUCUGUAAUGAGAACAGAGAUCACAUCAAGUCUCUCAACAGGCUGGACUUUAUCACAAAUGAGAGUGACUUGAUGUAUGACAACGUGGUGCGACAGUUGUUAGCCGCAUUAGCACAGUCCAACCAUGAUGCCACACCAACUGUUCGAGACUCUGGGAUCCAGACACUUGACCCAAGUAUGGAUCCCUCUAUACUGGGGGUGGGAGAGAUGGGAGGAGAGACCGUUGUCAAAAGGCCCCGGAAGAAGAUGAAGUGGAUCCCCACAUCUAACCCUCUGCCACAACCCUUUAAAGAACCCUUAACACUGACUCGGCUGGAAAACAGCAUCAAAGCAGAUAAGCCUAAACCUUUGCGGCGGAAGACUGUUGCAGAUAACUUCAUUGCUCCUCUACUGGACAGCAAGAGCACACAAUACCCACCCAGAGCUUCAGAAACAAAUAAUGGGAUGGAGAAGAAGCACACUCGUAAUUUCUCCCUGGAUGUCCAUCCAUAUAUGGCGAACAUUCAGAAGCCUAAAUCAGAGAUGACCAAUCCAGAGCCACCAGCUGCAGAAAACUCUCUGGACACUGUGUACAUUGAGGGCACGCACUCUGUAGUCCACGUCUCCUCUGCUCUCACUGAAAAGAAUGAUGCUCCUCCUCAGUCCACCACCACUACCUUCUCCACAGUGACCCUCCCCACCACUUCUUAUAUGAAUGGAGGGACAGCUAGUUUGCCUCCGCCCGACUCCCCCCAGACCAAGGAGCCUCUCAAACAGAACCCAGAGCCUGAGAGCCAGCCUGUGUCUUUCAGCUGCAAUCCCUCACACCCACUUCUCAGCAUCCACCACACCCUGUACGAGGAAGAGGAAGAGCAGCAAGGCCACAGGGACAAAUUGGUGGAGAGACCUGCUGAGCUUAUUGCUGCUGGAGAGUGCUGAAGACACACAUAUAGAAGUACAUAUGGUAACACGCUUCAGAGUUUGCACAUAUUUCACCUCUCUCAUCUCUUGACCUCAGCACCAAAUCCUUAGUAGGUUAAACUGUGUGCCAGCACUGCACUGACCACCUCAUCUGAGAGCACAACCCCUCAUGAUGCAGCACACACCGUCCUUGCACCUACUGUGCUUUAGGUGGAACCAGUGAGGCCAGAGAUUUGCACUGUCCACCAGGGAGUUUGUGGAGUGCAAUGGACAAGUACAUGAGACAUGUGUGGUGUGCACAUACAGUUAUCUCAGAAAAUGGUCCUCUGCAACUACAGGAUAAUACUAGUAAAACAUAUCAGUGAAGAACAAGAGGUCAUUUUCAUGACUAAGUGCAAAACUUGGUGCUCACUUGAAUGGAAUGCUUUCCUGUGACAUUCCAAAAGUUUUGUGGGGGGAAGGGUAUAAAAUAUAACUUCUAAUGACAACUGUCAUGUUUUAUAAACCUCACAAUACAUGUCAAACAUCAAACACAACCUCUCACAAGUUCACCUUUUUAUGUGUGUCCUUCCUUUUAUUGGCAACUUGUUUGUGGACUUCAACAGGUAUCUGACGCAAUAUAUUUUUCCCUAAUUAUGCAAAUAUUGUUGUUGCAAUAAUAUGCUGUAUAGAGAACACAGAAACACAUCAGCUCACCAUAAACGUCAUAUAAUUCUGCAACUGUAACGUCCUCUCAUCUGUCUACCUUUGGUUAUCGUCCCUCGUGUUUUUUGUUUCAUGUGCAUUUAUUAUUUUGGCCUGUCUCCGCCCCAGUCAUCUGUCCGACCUGUAUGUUGUUUGUAGCCACACCCUCUCAUUAACACCAGGUGUUUCUCAUGUGUUCUUCGUCUAUUUAUUCCCUUUGGCUUGGUCUGUUCCUUGCUUGGUGUUGUUUGUUAGUGUGUUUUGCUGGUCCUUAGUUUGAGUUGUUAUACGUAUUUUGUUCUCUGCUCUGUUCUUUUGGUGGUUCUUUUCAUUUCUUUAGUACUUUCCUUAUUUCGCUUGGCUUCUCUUUCUGGUUUUUUACUUUGCUGCCUUCUCACUGGCCAACAAUAAAACUGCUAGGUCGCACUUGCAUUCUGCCUUCUCGUCUAUUUGGAUUCCAACACGUUACAAUAACCCAAGGAUAAUAUGGUUUUUCCAUCAAUGUUGUGAACUUCUUGGGCAUUUUAUCCACAUCCUAUUUGUGCAUUUACUCACUAGGUGUCAUCCUUCCAGCAUCCACAUCAGGAUAUAAGUAUCUUCAGUAUGACCUAACCAUGAUGAAUUCAGUGACAAGAUAUGGGUACUAUAUUUAUAUCUAAUGAAACAUAUAUGAGGGCAUCAGUACUUACUGAAACUGCAUGUGAUCUAAUGCACUUAAUGGGAUUCCUGCUUGUUAACAGGAAAACCUGGAGCCACACAGGAACACUGCCACCUCUCCAAUACAAGCGCCAGCAAACUUAUCACAUAAAAGGCUGUGCGAAAACCUAUCACAAUGAACUCAUGGAUAUAUGUUACACCAUCUUUACACAGUCUGCUAACAGCAUUUGAAAUUCAUUGAUACAGCUUGUCCUGACACACAUAACCCCAAAGACAAUUCAUUGACUGUGAAGAAAUACAAAGUAAUCACUAGUGAUCAUAAGGCAUGGCAUAAUAAAGCAUACCUGUAGUGUUAUUCCAAGUAUAGAAACAUGAAAAUACAGCUGCCCAAUUCCUUUUAACCAGCAUGUUCACUGAGGUUCAUUUAACACUGUCUUUGUAGUUAGAGAUCAGAGAGAAGUUGGAUAUGUAUCGAGUAUGGCUGUACAAAGAUUAAAAUAAUCACGACUAAUCUCAUUUGUCUCUUUUGCUCAAGUUUGACCCUAAAGAUAAAUUUUUUUUUCAUUUAAAAGCAGCGCAUUGAGUUAUAGCUAUGUGGUCAAAAUAAAUGCCAGCAGAUUAUAUUUACUAUCUUUGGUAUCUUCAGAAAAUCACGUGAACACAGGGUGAACAUCGAAAUAAUAUAAAAAUAGUUUUUAUCAUUGGACAUUACUUUUGUCCAUUGAGAGCAAGAGUGGCUGCAUGUUCCAACUCCUCUAUGAUUGUAAAUCUCUUGUCCUCAUACUUCUCACAUGUGUAUGUUAUAUCUUUUUUCAUGGGACUUGGAGCUGUCCACUUUACUAUCACUGUUCAAUGAUUUAUCCAUAGUCUUCUCAUGAGCAUUGUCCAGAGUCAUCUACUUGAAGGUGCCUUUUGGUGCUAAUGUUACUGAUAUUACAUCAGCGGUGUGUUUUGUAGGGGUAAAUUGAGGAUUUUGCAGGUGUUAUAGGAAAGGAUUUCAAAGAGAAUUAAAAAAAUACAUAUAUAUAUAUAUAUAUAUAUA